UCAUUUGCAUUGACCAUUUAGGAAAAUCUGAGAAAAUAUCACUUGCAUAAUAAUUUGGAACACGGUGUAUAUAUUUGCUGAAACUCAUCAUGUCCUGACCGACCAAUCAGAGCCAGGAAGAGGGUGUUAGCAUUGUCACUCAUCCUUGUGUGCAUGCUGCUCACACCCUCCCUACACACUACAUCCAGUUUGAAUGAAUGAUAAGCUAGUUAGCGACUGAUGAAAGCAGAUAAAGUUUCCUGUCAGGGUAAGUUGUUUCUCCUCCAUUAGCACAUUUAGCAGCGCAUACAUGAGGAUGACUGACAGCACUAUGCCCCUCCUCCUGGCUCUGAUUGGAUAUGUUUCACAACAACCAUGGAGGCAAAUUCACUAACAUGGAAAAAAAACAUUUAAUAAAAGUUACUGCAGCUUCAAGAAUCAGCAAGGAAAACAGGCUGACCGAAUCCUCCAGGAUAUUCCAGGACAUUCCAGGCUCUUGACGGUUUGAGGAGAUUCCAUCCAAUCCUGAAGAGAUGGAUGGAAACUUCUGGAUCUAAAAGGAAAUUUUACAAGAUUUAUUAAUCUAACCCAGAACCGAUUCUGGAUCCAGUCUGAACCAGUUCAGGUUCUGGCAGCAACCUGCCUGCAGCUGGAGGUGAGCUUCCUGUGUUGAGUGCUUUCGGCCAGCAGGGGGAGCCGCUGCGUGAGGAACUGCUGCGACCUCAGAGCAGCGUCAUGGCUGUUGCCAUGGUUACCAGGAGGCUGAGUUUCACAGAAAGAGGAAGAAGAGGAGGAGGAAGGAAGUGAGGCGGCUGGUCGACAGAAACCCAGACAGAGGAUCAGAGAGUUUUGUCCGUCCCCGCUGGGUCCCACCGUGUCCCCGCUGGGUCCCACCGUGUCCCCGCUGGGUCCCACCGUGUCCCCGGCGUCCACCUGUCCCCCUCGGGGCCCCCCCCUCCAGCGAUGUCUUCCCGCUCAGACUCGAAGUCAGCUUCUCAGAUCGUCUUCCUCACCAUGAAGCUGAAGGAUAAGCUCCACCCCCAGCGGAACCGGACCCGGGCCAAGCCUCCGGACCUGGACCUGAGUCAGAACCCGUCGGCCAUCUUGCUGGACCAGGAGCGCGCUGUCCUCAGCUCUCUGCAGUACUUCAAGGCCCUGGUGGACAGACUGGACCUGGACCAACCCUCGGGACAAAAACCGGGCCUGGACCGGUCCAUAGUGGGCGGCCUGCUGGGCGGAGCCUCCACCGGCAUCCUGGAGGCUGUCCAGGCGCUGGUGGAGCUGGAGCCGGAUGAGCUGGACAGUAAGACCGUCUCCGCCCGUCUCGCCCGUCUCUACGCCACCGUCGCUCAGCUGAUCCGCUGGGCCGACCGGGUGAUGCUGCAGGGCGUCUCCCAUGACGAUGGCGGGUCUUCUGAGAGCGUUACCACGGUGAUCAGGGGUGUGCUGAAUAGCGCCAAGGAGCUCGUCCGAUUGGUUGCAGAGAGACGGGAAGGCUCCGCCCCUUUGUCUCCUGACCAAUCACAAUCCAGGGACGUUGAAGACCAGGAGACGUCCACCGGGAUCCCGCACUGUCCCUCAGGCGAGGGACGUGGGGAUGGGACGGAGACAAAGGGGGCGGGGAUACGUGCCCCGCCCAAACCCCCCAUGCCCGUCCUAGAGCCCCUCCCACAGGCCACGCCCCCUACGGAGCUUGCGUUCAGCCCUCCCGCUCUGCCUCCUAAAAGGCGCCAGACGCCGCCGCUCCCUGUCUCCGCCCACUGCAGGGUUGCCAUAGUAACACCAAUAAUCCGGCAGUCUGAGGAAGACCUGCAGGUGGAGGAUGACAGCUGCUGCAAGCGACUCUCUUCUUCCUCUGCAGACUCUGCAGCCAACACCUCACCAAGUGAGGAUGACCCAGAUUACGACUUCCUCCACACCGACCUGUCGUCCUCGGAGACGCUGCCCCCUGCCCUGCCGGAGAAGAGACGCCGCAGCACCACAGGCGUCAGCGGCUCUCAGAAGGCGGGCACCUUUGGAUUUAACUCCACCCAUGUGGACACAAGCCCCGCCCCCAGUGAUGAUGUCACCGGCCCUGAAGCCCCCAUGUCCUCCCCCCUGUCCCCCUGUAAGACGCCCCCCCCUCUCCCUGAGAAGAAGCGACACAUCCAUCAGUACCUGCAGUUCUGCUCCACGUCCUGCACCGACCCGUCUGCGGUUUCCUUCUACCAGAAAUUUAAAGUCCGACAGAGAGAUCAAGACUCCGCCCACCAGCUGGAUCACCUGACCACAGGCUCCGCCCCCUCUGGAGGUCCAUUUCCUGCCCCUGCUUUACCACCAAAGAAGAAACAGCAGGACACGCAGUCUGAGAACGAGGACAGCUCUGUGGACCACCAGCAGGGGUCAGAGUUCAGCCAGAGAAGCAGAGAGGAAGAUGAAGAAGACGAGCUCCUAUUGGCUGACCCGAACGAGAUCCGUCACAGAAUCACUCUGAAGUCUGAGGAGGAGGAGGGGCCAGAGGUGAAGGCUGCGUCUCCUGAGAUCCUAUUGGUCCAAGCCACACAGCCCGGCAGCAGCGAACAGAACCAGUACCAGGAGGCCUUCCUCUGCUCCUACCGGGGCUUCGCCACACCCAGUGAUGUCAUCAGCAAGCUGCAGCGCAGGUACAGAACCCUGAGGGAAGGCGGCGCCGCUGACCCGACGGCCGCCGGGAACUCUAUCCAGCUGCUGGUCAGGGUGGUGGCCGGGCUCAGUUCUGUGGAGCUGGAAGCUGAUUUGCUGCUGAUGCUGUUUGACCUGGUGUUCUGCCUUCUGAUUGGUGGAGAGCUGGGGAUGGCCCGCCUCCUGCACGCCAACAUCCUGUCCAAGAUGGAGGAGAGGUGGAAGCUGAUUGGCUCCCCUCAGUCGCUCCGCCCCCUCGCGGCCAAAGGCGUAGCCGCCAGACCAGGAACUCUGCUGGACUUCAGGAGUCAGGACCUGGCUGAACAGCUCACCCUGCUGGACUCGGACCUGUUCUGCAAGAUCCAGCUCCCAGAGGUGUUGCUUUGGUCCAAGGAGCAGAACGAGGAGAGGAGUCCUCACCUGACAGAGUUCACUCAGCACUUCAACAACGUUUCCUUCUGGGUGCGCUCCGUGGUCAUCCUGCAGGACAAAGCUCAGGACAGAGAGAAACACCUGCUGAAGUUCCUGAAGGUGAUGAAGCACCUGAGGAAACUCAACAACUUCAACUCCUACCUGUCCAUCCUGUCCGCCCUGGACUCCGCCCCCCUGAGGCGGCUGGACUGGCAGCGGAGCACGGCAGAGAGCUUGGAGGACGUGUCCUCGCUCAUCGACAGCUCGUCGUCCUUCAGGGCGUACCGCGCGGCGCUGGCGGAGGCGGAGCCUCCCUGCAUCCCUUACCUGGGGCUGAUCCUGCAGGACCUGACCUUCGUCCACCUGGGGAACCCCGACACCUUGACGACGUCACAGGGGUCAAAGGUCAACUUCUCCAAGUGCUGGCAGCAGUUCAACAUCCUGGACACUCUGAGGAGCUUCCAGAGGGAGCGGUACUCUCUGGCGCGGGAUGAUGACAUCAUGUCGUUCUUUAAUGACUUCAGCGAUCACCUGGCAGAGGAAGCUCUGUGGGAACUCUCUCUGAGGAUCCGCCCACGGAACGCUCCACGAGCCAAUCAGAGAUGAGCUGUGGAGGAGCAGCGGCCAACUGGAGUCUGCUGGAUACCGCUGGGCUUUGUGGACCUGGUUCUGACCCAGACUGGUACCAGACUGGACCGGUGCCGGCAGAACCAUGUCAGAAGGGGGCGUGGCCCCUUCCGCAUCAGAACGUGUUCUCCACCGGUUCCACCUGGUUCUGCUCCAGAGUCCAGUCAGACGGAACCACUUCUCUUAUCAUCAGCCUGCUGACCUCUGACCUCUGGGCCCAACUGCACCCUUGGUUGAUCAGCUAUUGAUCAGUUAGUUCCUUCAGAGACGAUUUUUAUUGUUUCAACUCAACCAUCAGCGACCCGGUACCGACCCGGUACCAGGGGGUUCUGUUUCAGAAACUCCUCAAAGCCAGGCUGAUACCGGGUCAGCCCAGAACCUGAUAACCUGCUUCCUGAAGCCAUCGGUCUGGUCUGGCUGGACUUCAUCAGAACCAGAACGAUGGUGACAGAUCGAUCAGGAGCUGCAGCUCAAGAUGGAGGACAGAGAUUUACUGAGACACACACACCUGGAGACACACACACACACAGAUGGAGACACACACACACCUGGAGACACACACACACACACAUGGAGACACACACACACCUGGAGACACACACACACAUGGAGCGACACAUGUGUGUCUGCGUGUGUGGGCGUGUCUCCAGGUGUGUGAGUCACACACCUGGAGACGGCCGAUGACACACUAAAGGACAGCUGGACGGACGUUCACUAGUGAUUUUUCUGAAUAAAUGAUUUGAGCUGCAGAAGAAGUUCAAUAAAGUUCAACCAGAUUUAACUUCUGUCCAUCAGAGGUACUGACAGCAUAUGGAGUGAAAAUAGUCUCAAAAUAUCUGUGUGUGUGUAAUACUGGAGUUGUAACUCGUGGAAGCAUCUUUGUGUGUAACUUUGGAUACUUGUGUCUGUGAAACAUGAUUUGUAAACCGUAGAAAUAAAAUAAACUUUCUCCUACACCUACAAA